AUGGGCGACAGCUCGUCCAAGGCAUGGUUGUAUGACCAGGACGAAUACACGCGAAAUGGAUAUGGACGCCCUGCACCUCAAGACGUGGUUGGAUGCUCCCCUUGGAGCGAUGACUCCAUGGACGACACGACACCGAUGUGGCGUCCCUGCUGCGAUUCUGACACGGUGAUCAUUUUCGAUUGGGAUGAUACGCUCCUCUGCAGCUCAGCCAUCAAUGCGCAGCAAUGGCGCCAAGAUCAGUUGGAGCAGCUCGAGCAGAUGGUCGAAUCGAUCCUGCUCACUGCCAUGCACCUGGGGGAGACGAUGAUUGUGACCAACGGCAAUGCUUCCUGGGUGCAGGACAGUGCUCGCCGAUUCCUGCCCAACUUGCAGCGCACGCUGAACCGUGUUACUGUCAUGUCUGCCAGGGCUCUCUAUGAGCACUCCUUCCCCGGCGAUCCUUUCGCAUGGAAACGUCAGGCUUUCAAGGAGAUUUUGGCACGACGUCGCCAGGAAGGCUUCCAUCCCGAAGGUGUGAACCUAAUCGUGCUGGGAGACUCCCCAGCGGAAAUCCAGGCAGCGCGAACAGCCACCAAAGUCUUGUGUGGCAGGUCAAUGGUGAAGACAGUCAAGUUCAAGGAGGCGCCUUCAGUCAAUGAGCUUCUGGGGCAACUCCGACGAGUUGCCCAGGAACUGGCCACAAUUGUUCAGGAGGACCGAAGCCUGAGUCGGGGGCUGGUGCAGAGAGCAUUUCCAGGUAGCAUCGACCAGCUCUCAUCCUGGGCAUCGGGCUGGCGCAUCUCAGAAACAGAGUCCUGGGACGCUUAUUCCCGCGUUGCCGCCACCCUGCUCGUGGGUGCGUCGAAAGAGGGUCUGUCCAUCGCCCCGCCGAAAGGUAGGCCUUAG